AUAAAGAAUAUUAAAAAAUAAACAAAUUAAUUAAAUAAGGUAUUGAGCAAAAUAAGGUUUUUUUAAAUUAUAAAUAGUCUUAAUAAAUUUACAAUAUUAGUAACAACUACAAAGCGAAAUAUGAUUAUAAAAGAGUUAAAUAGCUGCUAACUCUUAGAAAAUAUAAAUAUCAGUAAUAGAUAAAGAUGUUCUAUUGAGAUUUUUAAUUAUGAGUAAUCUUAUGAUUUAAAAAAAGACUUAAGAAAACUUGUCCUUGAUAGAAUAAGAAAUCAAAAUUCACCUAAAGACAUGGAUAACUCUUAUUCGCAUCAAAAUGCUAAAGCUUAAUUGAAUACGAUUUGUAUGGACUCCUUAAACUCUCCUAUAUCUAAUCUUCAGUCGCAUAUUUAAUAUCGCAACUAGCUAAAAUUGCAAGAAAUAAAAUAAAUUCUACUUUCAAAUGACAAAAUAUAAUUAGAAAAUCCUACUCAUAAUGAAAUUUUGCUACAUGUGAUGAAGAAACCAAUUAGAAAUAAAGAAGAAAUCAAUUUUAUAUAACUUUUCUUAAGAGGAUUAAAAGUUUUGAAUAUUAAAAACGAUUUAGGAGAAACUGACUUGAGUUAAAAUAUAUACCCUUUUAUUAGCUACUCUUUCUUUAGCAAAGGCUAGACUAUAUACAGCUCUGGUGAAUUUUCUUUUAACUAUUAUGUCAUCUUAAAAGGAAAAGUCGCAUAGUACAAUGAUGAAAAUAGUGAAAAAAAGUAACAAGACCCUCAUAUUUCAUAAACUAGCUAAAGGUUGCUAUAGAGUUCAAGACUUAAUGAUAUUUUACAGGCAAAAAAUUAGCAAGUUGAAUUAAAUAAAAACUUAAACAAUCAAAAAAUUAAUUUGCCAAAUAAAGUACUUGAGAAAUAUUUUGAGAUUGGUUAAGGUUUUGGAGAUAUUGAGAUAAUAACUCAUCAAACAAGAUCUUCUACUAUGGUUUGCAUAGAGGAUACUCAUCUACUAACAAUUAGCAAGGAAGGUUUUGAAUAAGUAUUUAUCAAAUACAUUCAAGAGCAAAUUACAGAAAAGAUAGCAUUCUUCUAACAGUUCUCGUUUUUUAAAUACAUACCUGGCUCACGAAUUCUUAAUUUUAUAAAUAGUGCAAAAAAAAUGCGAUAUAUCAAUAAAUAGAUUAUUUAUUAAGAGGGAGAUCCUGUAGAUUUAAUUUACUUUAUAUUACAUGGCGAAGUUAGCAUAUCAAAAAUGUGUGAUAAAAAAAGAAUUAAUGUAAACAUUUUGGGGAUGAAUAAUUUUUUUGGGAUUGACGAAAUAUCUAACCAAUCAUCCCCAUCUAGUGUUAGAGAAAUUAAAGUAAUUAGUUCUUCAAAUGACUUGAAUGUACUAGCUUUUAAUAUUUAAAAAUUUAUGAAGUUCCUUCAAAGUUAUAAGCAGCUUGAUACCUUUAUCGAAGAAUGCAAAAAAAAGCUUUAAAAUAGGGAUUUAAUGGCAGAGAAAAUUUUUAAUACACAGAAUAUCAUAGAAACAGAAUUAUCAUCAAAAAAAAAUAUUGAAUAACCAUUUGAAUUGAAGGAUAGUAUGCUUCAAAAGUUGAUGGUUCACAGAAAACAUCAGUCGCAAAAGUUAGGAGCUGUAGAAGCAACUGAUUAAUCAUAGCAAAUACUUAAAAGUUAAGCUAAUAAAUUAGAGUAAAUGGUAAAUGCAAGAGAGUAGAUUUUUAAUACACUAGAUAGAUAAUAGCAAAAAGAUAAGCAAUACAAAAAGAAUAUAUCAACGGAUAACAUUUUUUAAUCUUAAGCAAAUACGCCUCAUAAUAAUUUCACUUUGGAAUAAAAGAAAAUUAACUAUAUUUUCAAUUAACAGAAAGAUUUAAUUUUCGAUUAGACUUAUUUUACUAGCUAAGAGAAAAUUAAUGGAAAAAAUAAUAAAUACAUGCUAGAGUUAAAAAAUGUUAUAAAUUCUUAAAGCUCAGAAAAGGAAAAGAUUAAAAAAUAAUCUUCUACUUUUGAUCCUGUUUAAAGUAAGAGUGCUCAACAUAUUAAUAUAGAUUAGCUAGAUAAUUUAUAAUAGAGAACAACAAAUAACUAAUUUUCUUCAUCAACUUAAAUUUCUCAAUAGACAAAAUUUUUAUAAAAAUACUUGUCUAAAAAAAGACUGCAGGAUAAAUUCCAAAACUUUGAACUUGAACUACAAUAGAAGAAUCCUCAACAUUUGACAAGCUGUGAAGAUUUAGUAAAUUAGCGAGGAUCAAGUAAAGACAAAAAUGAUUUAAUAUAAUAAACUAGUAAAAAACAAAUUGAUAAAUAAUAAAUCAGUAAUUUGAGUGAAGCAAGUAAAUCAUCAGGCACUUUAAAAACCAGAAAGAAAUAAUUUAAUUUUAACAUUAGAAAAUUUUUUGAGUAACCUUAAUUAAUAGAUCAUAAUUAAAUCUAAUAAAUUAAUAACUUUUAAGCUUUAAGUUUGAGUCAUCAAUAGUUUCCAAAUGAAUAGCCAGAAACUAAAAAGGAUAAGGAAUUUUCUUCUAUAAUAUUUGAUUCUAACUAUACAUAAUCAACAAUGUAAACUCCAAAAGAAACUUCUGAAAAAGCUAAGGAAUCUCUAUAAAACUUAUUAAAAAACAAUUAUAUAAAACAAUAGCAAACUGAAAGAAACUAAAACAAAUCAUAAACAAACUUAUAAUUAAUUCACAGAAGAUCAAUAAAUAAAAGAUAAAGUUCACAAGUCAUAUUUUCUCAUUCUAGUUUUUAGCAAGAAUCUAAAAAUCCUAAUCAAGUAUCAAAUAUACAAAAUAAUUAAAAAUCUAAAAGUAUUAUCAUGCAUCUACCCAAUAUAGAAUAAAAAAAUUAAUAAACACAACAUAAUCAACAACCCCAUUAAUCAUAAACAUUUCAAUUUCUUCACACUUAGAGUUGUUUUUUGAAAUGA